AUGUGCAUUGAUUAUCUUCGAGUAUUCACAGGAGAGUUGUCCCCUUUAUACCGAUGGUCUUUUGGAUUUGCUUUCUUGUUCUUUAUACUUUUAUUAAAUUUAAGAGGCAUUGAACUUGUUGGAAAAGCUUCUAUGCUACUUUCGGUGGCUGUAUUGUUUCCUUUUGUAGUUUUCGUGUGUUUAGGCGUUCGAUUUAUAAACGUGAGCGCGCUACUUCGGUAUGCCAAGUGGUCUUCUGGCGACUUCCAACCUUUUCGCUUUAACACUCGCUCCUCCACGUUUUUAACUGUUCUUCUCUGGAAUCUCUCAGGAUAUGACAUGGCUGGCGCUUGCGCAGGAGAAGUUGCGGAUCCUGAAAAAAGUUUUCCGAAAUCCAUCGCCAUAGCAGUUGUUUUAUCGACUUUUGUUUAUCUUUUUCCUGUUAUUAUUGGCGUUUGCGUUCCUGGCGCUGAUGAUUAUAAAAGUUGGAAAGAUGGUUACUUCACGCAGAUUGCAAAGAUAUUAGGGGGGAAAUAUUUUGGGUAUGUCCUGGGCGUUGUGGGUAUGCUUUCUUCUUUGGGGAUGCUUAAUUCUCUUCUGAUGUCUUCAGCGCGUGAGCUCUACUGCAUGGGUGACAUCGGAGUACUUCCCGCAAUUUUUGGCACAGUUCAUCCGAUUUAUCGAACUCCGCACGUAGCACUUGCUUUCCUCUCGCUCUUGGUUUCUGCGUGUCUGCUGGUGGAUUUUGAUGCUCUUGUGCAAUACAGCACUUUUAUCGACGCAGCUGCUUUUAUUCUUGAGUUCGCUGCUUUCCUUGCCCUUCGGCGGCGUAGGAUGCUUACAACUACUCCGCCUAUCCAGCCUGAAGAAUGCCGGUCUUUAAUAGGGACAGAGUUUACGGAUCCAUCCGACUUGCUUUUAGCUGGGCAAAGCUCACAUCAAUACAGUUCGCAUGAGAGUGAAUACGAGGAUUUGAGAGAAGAGCGCGUCUCCUGCACACCAACAGCUUCUUAUAACGUUCCUGGCGGAAUUAUUGGCGUCUGUGCGACUUCUUUCUUUCCGUAUCUUUUUUGUACAGUCACACUUUGUGUGUGUAACUGGGAAACUUGGAUUAUUGAAGUGUCUUUAAUGUUGCUCGGCACAGCUUCUUAUUUUCUAUUUCGAACCAAAAGUAUUUAA